CAGACGGAUUGCAGGAGUAGCGAGCUGCGAGCGCAGUGGGCGGGACGGACGGCGGUGGCUCUGUGCUGCGCUGCGCUUACUGGGCUGGGCCGGGUUUCGGCGGCGACGGAGACGGCUGCAGAGGCCGAGGCGCUGACCGGGUCGUCAGCGGCUGCUGUGGUCUCUAGCAGCCUCUUCGCGCGCCCAGCAUUCCCCGGGCGGCGUCUGGCCGUGGCGCUCAGCCUGCUAGUGAGCUGCGGUGGGCACACCCUGGCGCGGCGGCGGCAGACAGUUUAGAGUGGGGGAAGGGGCAGGCGCGGGAGCCGCUUGGGGCUAGAGAGGGAGCCCGAAGCCAGGCAGUCUCCAGCCAUGUCCGACGAGACGUCGGCCAACACUUCGUAUGAGAAGUUUCUAACCCCCGAGGAACCCUUCCCCCUUCUGGGACCCCCUCGCGGGGUGGGCACCUGCCCGAGCGAGGAGCCAGGUUGCCUGGACAUCAGCGACUUUGGCUGCCAGCUGUCCUCUUGUCAUCGCACCGAUCCGCUCCACCGCUUUCACACCAACAGGUGGAACUUAACUUCUUGUGGAACAAGCGUUGCCAGCUCAGAAUGCAGUGAGGAGCUAUUUUCAUCAGUUUCUGUUGGAGAUCAAGAUGACUGCUAUUCCCUGUUAGAUGAUCAAGACUUCACUUCUUUUGAUUUAUUCCCCGAGGGAAGUGUCUGCAGUGAUGUCUCUUCUUCUAUUAGCACAUACUGGGAUUGGUCAGAUAGCGAGUUUGAAUGGCAGUUACCGGGCAGUGACAUUGCCAGUGGGAGUGAUGUACUUUCUGAUGUCAUACCCAGUAUUCCGAGUUCACCUUGCCUGCUUCCUAAAAAGAAAAACAAGCACCAGAAUUUAGAUGAACUUCCUUGGAGUGCAAUGACAAAUGAUGAGCAGGUGGAAUAUAUUGAGUAUUUGAGUCGUAAAGUCAGUACGGAGAUGGGUCUUCGGGAGCAACUUGAUAUUAUUAAAAUAAUUGAUCCUUCUGCUCAAAUCUCCCCUACAGACAGUGAGUUUAUUAUUGAACUUAACUGUCUCACAGAUGAGAAACUGAAGCAGGUCAGAAACUAUAUCAAGGAGCAUAGCCCUCGCCAACGGCCUGCAAGAGAGGCCUGGAAGAGAAGCAACUUUAGUUGUGCGAGCACCAGUGGAGUGAGCGGUGCCAGCGCCAGCGCCAGCAGCAGCAGUGCCAGCAUGGUCAGUUCUGCAAGCAGCAGUGGGUCCAGUGUUGGAAACUCUGCUUCAAACUCCAGUGCCAACAUGAGUCGAGCACACAGUGACAGCAACUUGUCUGCAAGUGCAGCAGAGCGGAUUCGGGAUUCAAAAAAGCGAUCCAAGCAGCGGAAGUUACAGCAGAAGGCCUUACGCAAGAGGCAGCUGAAAGAGCAGAGGCAGGCUCGGAAGGAGAGGCUCAGUGGGCUCUUCCUCAAUGAAGAAGUGCUGUCCUUGAAAGUGACUGAGGAAGACCAUGAAGCAGAUGUAGAUGUUUUGAUGUAAUAAGGGUGAAUUUUUCAGCAUUCUUUCUAAGCAUUAAAGUAUUCUCCUUUUAUUUGUUUACAUGCAUCUUGACCAAACUUUUGGUUAGGGCUGUGCUGAUAUACCAUUAAUAAUUUAGGCCAGUGGUUCUCAGCAGGUGGUCCCUAGACCAGCAGCCUCAGCAUCACCUGAGAAGUUGUUAGAAAGGCAUACUACCAGGCUCCAUCCCAGAUGCAGUGAAUCAUAAACUCUGGGUGAGGGGCCCAGCAUUGUGUUUAACAAGCACCAGGUUCUUCUGCUGCACGCUCUACUUUUAAGAAUCACUAAUUUAGUAAAUGUUUUCACUAUUUAGACUUUAGGGUGGCUAAGUAGGCUUUUUCAAGAACUAGUACUUUUACAGUUUAGAAGAUUUCAAGGUACUGCUGACAAGUAGCUUAUUAUGUCAGUAUAGGUACAUAUGUCCGGAUCAUAAUUCAGUUUUCCUUCUUAAUGUUACAAUUUUUUAGUUUGCUUUUUAUAAGGGCCAUAGCAUAAGUCUCAAUUCCUAGUGGAAAUCUUGUUUUGAGGUUGUGGGUGUGGGGUGUAGAUUGCUGUUUAUAAUAGUGCCUUCAUUAGGUUUAGUUUUGUUUUCAUUUAUUAUUAACUCAAAGGUGUAAAAAUAGGCCCUAAUGUCUUUCCUGUUAGGUUUGUUUCUGUUUUUCACUUUAUGUAAAUUCAGAAUCCUUUCUGUAAGUGAUGACUACUGAGGAAAUAAUGUUAGUAGUAGUUGAACUUCAGACUUGAUGCUAUAUAGAUUAAUAUUCAAAUAGAGAAGGCAAUUAAGCAAAACAGCCAAUUCUGCUUUUCCAUGGCUUUCUGAAAUUUUAGUCUGUGAAACUGUCUCAAGUUCUUUUUGAAAGUCACUUUUUUUUUCCAGCACUACUCUAAUUUUUAAAUAUUUGGUAUAACAGCUUCUGGCAUGUGAACAGGCUAAUGUUCAAAGUUAACUAAAGAAAACCCUUACAGUUCUAAACUUCUCUAUAAAUCGCUAGAAAUACACGGAGCAGUGUGAUAUAGAAAAAAAAACCUUCGUUUGUUGGCUACUGAUAGAAGUCUAAUUUUAGAUGUGAAAUCAUGGGUUUUCUAUAAAUGUUUUCAUGGAGAGUUUGUUAUCAUGAACAUUAGAAGUAGUAUUAUUUCUUUUCUUCUACCACAUGUCUUUAAACAUUCACAUGGGUUAAAGAAGAUGGAAACUGAUACUACUGACAAUCAAGCUGCUUUCUGACUUUCAUAAUUUUUAUUGUGGAUAACUUUUGGGAGGUAAUCAUGAUUCUGUAGGAGGAACUGUAAUCAAUAUUUUUUUAAACUCUAGAGUCAGAGGUUAUGUGAUAGGAUCUUUACUUUUUUAAACUAUCAUAUCAAGUGGCUCAUUAAGAAAACGAUUAAUGACUUAAAUUUUUAAUUCUCAGUUGAUAUAAAGGCUUUUAACCUUUGCUUACAAUCAUGUGUUUUGAAAUUUUGAUUUUACUCUAGUUCCUUGAAGGUUAAAGAAUUGAAACUGAGGAUAAAAAUUGAUGUAUUGCAGCUUUGCUGAGGUCUGUGGUAUGGUUUUAAGAUUUUGAAGACUACCAAGUUCAUACUUUAAAUUUUGCUAGAAUAUAAAAGUAUAUGUAUAUGGUUUUCAGUUGGAGUACUCCUUUGACUUUCCUCUUACCCUUUCUUUGAUGCUCCUAACUUGUUUAGAGGGCCCAAAAAGAGCUUAGGGAUAGACCUCAGAAUACUUUGAGGAAGGUGGAAAGGGUCAACCUCAUUGUGUCUUCCUUCCAAGUCUAGGAAGAGUAAAUGGAGAGAAGAGCAAAUGCAGCUGAAUUCUCUGCCUGCUCUUAGCAAAAGCAAAAUUCCAGAGAAUGACUUGUCUGUUCUCUCCCUAUUCUUCCCAGGAAAGUAGGCCACUUCUGGAGACCAUAGAGCAACAUUUAUCUGUUUGGAAACAAUUGACAAUGACCAGUAAAAGAAAAUCCUAACAGGGUCAUGAUAUAAUACGACCAUUUUUUUCACUCUCCCAACAAUUACAUAGUCUUAUUACCUUAGAUUUAACUUAAGUCACUAUUAAACAAGUUUACCAAAGCACCACAAAGCCAGUUUUAAAAGUUUAUAAAGAUUUGAAUGUUUAUAGUAAAGUAUGCCAUGAGAUUUUGCGUAAAUUUGGAUGUCAUGUCUUUACAGUACUAUAAACUAGAGAUUGCCUAUAAAGUUGGUUUGAAGGAGACUGAAAAUAAUUCUUCUGAUUGAAGGGAAAAAAAAUAAAACAAGUUGGCUUGCUUGUGAUGUGGAAGAGGGAGAUUACAAAAUCUCUCUCCAUCUUCUCCCCCCCCCCAAAAAAACAGCAUAAAAAGAUAAAAAAGUUCUUGUUUUUGUUAACAUGCUGUACUGUACUUUUUUUCUGUUUUAAUGUCUCAUGUAGAUAAUUCAAGUUUGAAUUAUUUCUUCCCUGGAAUAAGUCAUAAUUUAUUCAGUCUGACAUAUCUCUGAGUUUAAGACAAAUCCAACUGAGCAUUUUUCCUGUCUAUAAAUCCAAACUAACAAAUUAAUAAAAAUGUGAGACUUAUUUGCUCUAGUGUCAGUGUCAUCUGUAGAGAAUUGACACUGGAGUAAAUAAGUGUCUCCCCUUUAAACAUAACCUUUGUUAACUUAGGGCAUGAUAAAGUCCCCUCAAGUUUUUCAAAAACAUUUUAUUAGAGACCUUGUAUGUAUGUUAAUUGUACCUCAAUAAAACUGGAAGAAAAAAAAGAGUUUUUGUACAAGUCUAUGAGACCCCAGCACAGCUUUUCAAAGUAUGGACCUUGAAUUAAACAAAAUGGCAUAUCUUUUUCUAUAGUUUUGCAACUGAAUCAAAGUAAG